GGUCGGAACAUUGCUGAGGCUGCCGGUUACAGAUCGAAACCGUUUACUCUGUUGAAAAUUGCUCCCUGGUACCCCUCUCUCUCUCUCUCUAUCCAUUCUCACUCAUUCAUUCAUAGUGUAAUCACAGUGAAGCAUUAGUAAUUUUGCUAAGUAGAACCAACCCAGAAUGUUGAUUUUUGUUCUAUAUACAAAAGUUACAUAGGAUUCACCAUCAUUACUUUCCACUUCAAUCAUGGCUACACUGCUGAAUACGGUGCCUCCAGCUACAAAUUUAUCAGCAAAAACAAAAAGAAACGGUUAUGGUUUCUUGUAUUCCCAUGUUCCAAAUCUUAGCAAUUUUUCCCUCAACAAGGGUUUUUCUAGAGUUUUGGCUUUGGCCCAGAUUGCUAUUUCCCCAAAAGAUUCUGUUUUUACUGUGCCCAAUUGGAGGGCUGGGAAGAAUGACCAAAAAAGUAGGGAGGUUAGGGUUAAUGAUGCAUUUCUUCAUUUAGAGUAUAUGGUGGGUAAGGGCCAUAAGCCUGAGGUAGCUCAAGCAACUCAGCUUUUGUAUGAUCUUUGCAAAUCCAAUAAAGCAAGGAAAGCUGUUAAGGUGAUGGAGAUGAUGGUAGAUUCAGGUAUUAUACCUGAUGCAGCUUCAUACACCUACUUGGUUAAUUAUUUGUGUCAUAGAGGCAAUGUUGGGUAUGCAAUGCAGUUGGUUGAAAAGAUGGAGGGGCAUGGCUUUCCAACUAAUACUGUUACCUAUAACACUCUUGUUAAAGGGCUUUGCAUGCAUGGGAAAUUCAACCAGAGCUUGCAGCUUUUGGAUCGUUUAACUAAGAAAGGCAUGGUCCCAAAUGCAUUCACAUAUUCUUUCUUGCUUGAAGCUGCUUAUAAGGAAAGGGGAGUAGAUGAAGCCAUGAAUCUUCUAGAUGAGAUAAUUGCCAAGGGUGGGGAUCUUAAUUUGGUUAGUUACAAUGUAUUGUUAACUGGGUUGUUCAAGGAAGGUAGAACUGAAGAAGCUAUUCAGCUUUUCAGGAAUUUGCCUGCAAAGGGGUUCAAUCCUAAUGUUGUGAGUUAUAACAUUUUACUAAGGAAUUUGUGCUAUGAAGGGCGGUGGGAGGAAGCAAAUGAGCUUUUAGCAGAGAUGGAUGGAGUUGACUUGUCUCCCUCUGUAGUUACUUACAACAUAUUAAUUACUUCUCUUACUCUCCAUGGAAGAACCAAACAAGCUUUCAAAGUCUUAGAUGAAAUGACGAAGAGUGGGUUCAUGGUGACUACUACUAGCUACAAUCCAAUUAUUGCCCGCCUCUGCAAGGAAGGGAAAGUGGAUCAUGUAGUUCAGUGUCUUGACCAAAUGAUUCAUCGACGCUGUAAUCCUAAUGAAGGAACAUACAAUGCAAUCGCGAUGCUUUGCGAGCAGGGGAAGGCGCAGGAAGCUUUCUUUAUAUUCCAAAGCUUGGGUAAUAAACAAGACUGCCCCCUGCAUGAUUUUUACCAAAAUUUGAUUUCAAGCCUGUGUAGGAAAGGGAACACAUAUCCAGCUUUUCAGGUAUUAUAUGAAAUGGCAAAGUAUGGAUUUUCUCCAGAUUCCUAUACUUAUUCAUCUUUGAUAAGAGGAAUGUGUAGGGAGGGAAUGUUAGAUGGAGCUAUUGAGAUAUUCAGGAUUUUGGAAGAAAAUUAUUACCGGCCUGAUAUUGAUAACUACAAUGCACUUCUACUUGGAUUUUGCAAAUCUCAAAGAACAGACUUGUCAAUAGAGAUAUUUCAGAUGAUGAUUAAUAAAGGAUGUAUGCCUAAUGAGAUAACCUACACCAUUCUUGUUGAGGGGCUUGCUUUUGAAGAGGAAAUGGAUAUAGCAGCUGAGCUGCUGAAAGAGUUAUAUGUGAAAAAGGUUCUGAGCCAAAGUACUGUUGAAAGACUAUCUAUGCAAUACGACCUCAAGGAAUUAGAAUUAACAGGGUAGAGACAUAUACCCUCAAGGUAUAUAACAAUAGAAAGUGAGUAGGGUUAUUUUGUACUUUCAGAUAUGAAUGGAGUUUUCUCAGCUUGAGUACUUGAUUACCUAUAGAUUGUUAUUGUUCAGUGAAACAAAGUUCCUGAAUGCUUGAAAUUUUGAUUGAAUUGAAUGUUUAGAGAUGUAUUGUGAAAAGGUUCAA